AUGCUCCACCAGUUUGGUGCUGAGCUCGCAUCUGGAUCUGUACAUCAAUUUGGAGGGAUUAUCCAUGUCAAUAAUCACUGGAUCGCAUUCUCCAUUUCCCCCCUAGAAUCAACCAUUUACCUCGGUGAUUCCUUUCACAAGCCAAUGGGAGAUGAUGGGCAAUCGGUUGCAGUGAAGGAAGUAAUCAGGGUUCUUCGAUGGUGGCUUGACAUAUCCAGUCCAGAGCCAAGCCAGUCUGCGUCUCUGUUUCAGAUUCGAUGGCUACCAAUUGUGUACCAAAAUGAUUUUGUAUCAUGCAGCUUCUUCGCUCUUGAUGCACUCAUGCAUCACCUUAUCCCAAACAAGUAUCCACUUCACACCGGUGAAGAUGCAGCAAUACUGCGUGUCAAAUUUCUGACAUCCAUCCUUGACCGUCACAGUGCACAGGCAGUACCGACACAAACAGUGACAAUGGCCACUACACUUGUGGCAACACCGGUAACAGCAUCAGUCCAAGUUGUGAUGAUGCCGGAAUCACUGGUGCUGCCUGCAAUCCUCAUGACCACCCCAGCCACAGUGGACAACCUGGUUGGUUCAAAUACCCAAGAGCUGGAGGGAAGAAAAUCAAAGGUAGACCUCACCAUCCAGGAGGGGAAUGACAAGCAUGGGCUGCUCCAAUUCUUCAGCUGUACUCACUGA